GUGACGCCAUCUCUCGCUAUUAAAUAUUUUUGCGCGGCGCUAUUUCAAUAAAUUAGAGUUGGUGGUAAAAAAAGUAAAUCAAUUUGAAAAUUUUAUUAAGACAGUACAAAAAUUUAUCUAAAUUUUUUUAAAUCAUAAAUUCAAUCAAAAUAAAGAACUGUGACAGAUAUUUGACCUCUACUAAUCAAUAUCUAUAUGUACCCUCGGAAUGUCAAAAAUUAAAGUAAAGGAAGAGCGAGAAAAUGAAUUGCUGAGCUUUGUUGAAGUGAAUGAUUUGGAUUUGGCGGAUACGACUUCCAGAACAAUGAUAGAUGAUGACGAAAAUGACGACGAAGAUGAUGAAGAAGGUGGAACCUAUUUUGUAGAUCAAGCUGGAAAUUAUUACUUCCAAGCAACUAAAGAUUCGGAACCUGUACCUACAGAACCGCCAGAAGGUUUAAUCGAGGAUGAUGAUGAAGGCAUAAUAGAGUAUGAAAUAUUGGAAGAAGAACAGAAUAUAAAAGAGAAGGAAGAUUUACCAAAAAAGAAAGGUGAAAAAGAUUUUAGCAGUUAUGUAGUUGUAAUGUCCGAUGAAAAAAAAGAUCAAAAGGAUGAAGUUUUGUACGAGUUUGAUGAACAGGAAGAAUUAGAAGUGGAAGAUGGUGAUGAAACUAUAGCUAAAGAUGCUCCAAAAUCAUAUGACAUUAAGUUAGUAAAAAAGCCAACUGGAGCAAAAAGUUCAUUUGCUGGGCAGCAAUCAACAGUUCACACAUGUACUUAUUGUACUUAUACUUCAACUAAAAGGUACCUUCUAGCACGUCAUAUGAAAAGUCAUUCAGAUGAAAGACCAUAUAGGUGUUCUGUAUGUGAAAGAGGUUUCAAAACAAGUGCUUCUUUAAUUAACCAUCUUAAUACUCACACUGGGAAUAAGCCGCAUUCGUGUAAAUAUUGCUCAAGUUCAUUUACAACAUCUGGAGAGUUAGUCAGACAUGUACGUUAUAGGCACACUCAUGAGAAACCACACAAAUGUACAGAAUGUGAUUAUGCCAGUGUUGAAUUAAGUAAACUGAAAAGACAUAUCAGAUGUCACACAGGAGAACGCCCAUUUCAAUGUCCACAUUGUACGUAUGCGUCUCCGGAUACUUUCAAAUUAAAAAGACAUUUAAGAAUACAUACAGGAGAAAAGCCAUAUGAAUGUGAUAUCUGUCAUGCAAGAUUCACACAAUCUAAUUCUCUUAAAGCUCAUAAAUUAAUUCAUAAUGUUGGAGAAAAACCAGUCUUUCAAUGUGAGCUAUGCCCAACAACAUGUGGGCGAAAAACAGAUUUAAGAAUACACGUUCAAAAAUUGCACACAUCUGACAAACCUAUUGUCUGUAAAAGAUGUAACAAUUUCUUUGCUGACCGUUACACUUAUAAAGUACAUUUAAAAACUCAUGAAGGUGAAAAAUGUUAUAAGUGUUCUGUGUGUCCUUACGCUUCAGUGUCACAAAGGCACUUAGAAGCGCAUCAGUUAAUACAUACAGAUGAAAAACCUUUUGAAUGUGAAUAUUGCGAUCAGUCAUUUCGCCAAAAACAACUACUUAAACGUCAUAUAAACCUUUAUCAUAAUGUGAAUUAUGUAGCACCUGAACCAAAGCCAAAAGUUCAUAAUUGCCCUGAUUGUCCAAAAAGUUUUAGUCAUAAAGGUAAUUUAAUACGUCAUAUGGCAAUGCAUGAUCCUGACUCCAAUGUACAAGAGGAAAAGAAAAAAUUAAAAAAAGGUAGAAAAAAGAAGGUAAAAGUAAUUGAAGGACAACUUGUUGCAAUAUUACCAGAGGAAGAUAGUGAUGAAGAACAAGAAGAUGAUAAUCAAAGACAAGAAGAAUAUGAAAUGGAGGUUGAAGAGUCGACAGGAAGUAUUAAAAUUAAAGAAGAAGAUGUUGCGGAAUAUGUUGAGGGAAAUGGAGAUCAGGAAUAUGUCGUUUUAGAAGUCAUUCAAUGCGAUGAAGAAGAAGAGAAUAAUAAUGAAGAUAGUAAUGAAGGUUUGUUUUUGAGCCAAGACAUUCCGAGAAGCAAAAUACGCAAAUCUAAAGGGCACUCACCCGACUUGAAUGAGGAAGAAUUUUCAGAUGAUACAAUAAGUAAUACUGGUUCAUCAAAGAAAAAAAAGAAUGGUAAAAUACAGGAUUGCUUUGGAUUUGAUGAGGAUGAUUCCAACAGCAAUUUUAAAGUGUAAAAAUCUUGAAUUUUUUAAUUAUGUUCUUUAUGCGAUUUUAGUUUAAUAUGAUUUUAAGUUUAUUUAAGUUGAAUUUCAUCAUUUAAAAAUUGUAAAUUUGAGUAACUUGAUCUUAUCGUUAGAAUAAAACGAUUGAAUUUAA